GUGGGUUUUAAAUUUCUUGAUGUUCUCCUGGUUUCUCCCAUUCCCCCUCUCGUUUAUUCUCUUUAACGAGGGUUCCAUGGCCUCCUUCGGUCACUCCGGCCUCCGACCGCCGGCGCACCAGUACGGCAAGACGCCGGGCUGCCGGAAUUUGCAGCGGCCAUUUUCGGACCCUUCCGGCGGCCGCUGAGGACCAGGGGCUCAGGGCCGGCUGGGUCAAAUGUUUGGUUUUCCUUUCUGCUUACUAGUAUUUUCAUCAUUCUAUUUGUUUCAUGUUAAAGGUCCACAGUGAAUCUUUUUAUCCAGCAGAGCAAUAGCAAUAACAGAUCAAAGAAACAGUCCUACAGAAGACGAGGAUCAACAGGAAAGAAGGAACUGAGGAUUGUCACGACGAUAGCAUCUCGAGCUUGAAAGAAAAUUUAGAAUUUGAGAGAGCAAAGUUCCUUCAUCCUUGAGAUGGUGGGUUCAUUGAUACAUGAAAUGAUUGGAUAACAACAAAAGGAGGGGGUUGCCUUUGUAUUUUCAGUAGCUAUGGCAAGACAUUCUUGAGUCUGGUUUAACUUUUAGAAUUGAGCCAACAUUUUGGUUCGUGAUGCUAAUCUCUGUUUCUUAAUUGCAGCUAUGUUCCUUAAACAUUUUUUUUCAUCAAUUAAGUCAAACCAUGCAAUGCAUCUAGAUUCAAGGAUCAUCCACCAAUGGCUUUCACUCACCUCGCCUUUCAAGGAUAAACCGUUUCACUGUUAUAUUCAAACGGUGAACUAUGUGGAGGUCAAGAUGAAGUGGAAGAAAGAUGUGUCUCUUGAUAGUAUUCCAUUCAUAGAUAGAUCUCAAGAACUUAAAUCAAUUAUCUCCUUGAAGAACUGCAUCAAAAAAGAGGGUGGAAAUAUACCAAUUUCACUUGUUUCCAAAAGGGGUUAUGAAUUUGAUAUUCCUUCUAUCAGGGUUGCUACAUUCCUUAGACAAUAUCCAAGUAUCUUUGAAGAAUUUACUGGAGAAAAAUACAACCUCCCAUGGUUCAGAUUAACCCAAGAAGCCAUUGAUCUUGACAAAGAAGAGCAGGCAGUUUACAAGGCUCAUUGUUCUAAUAUCGUAGAAAGGUUAAAGAAGUUGUUGUUGAUGAGUAAGGGGAAUAUGCUCCCAUUGAAGGUAAUUCGAGGCCUGCAGUGGUACUUAGGAUUUCCCGAUGAAUUUUUGGGUGACCUGGAGCUGCUAAAUAGUUAUGGUCAUUUUGAGUUAAUUGAAAUGGAAGAUGAUCUGAAAGGAUUGCGGGUUCUACCUGAAGAAACUGUGUUAUCAGCCGUUCAGAAGAUUGCUUUGGCAAGAGGGGAUAAAUAUGUGGAAGGAUCACCUCCUUCCUUCACCUUGGUCCCAUCAAAAGGCUUGCGACUGAAAAAGAAGCUUGAGAAAUGGUUGGAUGAAUUUCAGAAGCUUCCAUAUGUAUCUCCUUAUGAGGACUCGUCUCAUCUGAAUCCAAAUAGCGACAUUGCUGAGAAGCAUGUAGUCGGGGUUCUGCAUGAAUUGCUGUCUCUCUUUGUUGAGAACUCUGCUCAAAGAAGGAAGCUCAUCUGUCUACGUAAGUAUCUGGGCUUGCCACAAAAGUUUUCAAAAGCAUUCGAGCGCCACCCCAGUAUCUUUUACUUGUCCCUGAAGAACAGAACAUGCACUGCCAUCCUGAAAGAAGCGUUCGCUAAAGGCUCAAUGAUCGAAAAACACCCUGUUUUAGAUGUGAGAAAGCAGUACCUUAAAUUGAUUAACAAAUCCAGGAUUAUUAUGGUUAGCAGGAGGCAAAGAAAAGCGCAUACAGAAGUUAAAGUGUGAAGGUGGCAAUGAUUUAUUCGGAAAAGUUAUGCAGGAUUAAUUAGGGAAAGGAAAGAAAAUUUGUGGUAAUAAAUAUGGAAACACUUGUGGAUACUGAUGGUGUUAUCCUUGGUUCUCACGGACGCUGAAGUUUUUCUUGGAACUAUGAGAUGGAUCUGAUGCUUGUGGAUACUGCAUUGAAGAGCGUUACUAUGUCCUUUGUAACAAUGUCUUGUGGAAACGAUGAUCUCCAGAAGUAGUUGGUUUUGUGGCUUCAACAUGAAAACCACAAAACCAUGUCUGCCUCAGCGUUAAGAGCCACACUCCAAAGCACAGUUCAGGCAUCCAGUGUAACACAAUAUGCUUUGAUGCACAACCAUAUAAUGGAAUUGAAAAAGGCAUGGCCAAUUCUCGUACUUUGAAAAGUUUUGGGCUAUCCAUAGUAUAUCAGUUUCUUUCAUUAA